AUGGAGAGCUCAGGGAUACUAAUAGGACUGAUCAUAGUUGGGCUCUUUACCAUCAUGUGCUGUGUUCAAGUUUCCCAAGAACUAUCCUCAAAUGAGACACAACUGUCCCAGCAAAAAGCUGGAAAGAACUUAAAUAUUCUGCUCUUUUUCAAAGGUUGUUGUGCCGUGGGGUCCCGCUGUGCAAUGAGACUUGGUCCACGCAUUGGGAAACUGUGUGAUUGUGGCAGAGGAUCAAACUGCCACUAAUUUCUCCUUGAAUGCAUCUGAAUUAAAAGCAGUAGCAAAUCCCUGAAUUCUCUCAGUACCUAAACUGCAAGACUGCUCACUUUUCUUAAAGUUGUAUAGACAUACACAGAUGAUGAAUUAAAAAAAAGGAAGAGGGUGGAAAUGUGUUUUUAAAUCACUUGUAUAGGCUCUGUGACAAACAUUGCUCAAAACUCUAUUUAGAUCAGCAU